CGCGCGGCGUGCGCGGCCGCGUGGGCCAUGGGGCGGCGGGCGCGGGGCCGGCGGCUGGCGCAGCAGUCGCGGGCCGAGGCCGGGGCGGACGGCGCCGAGGGCGGCGGGCAGCGCGGCGAUGCGGGCUGGGAAGGCGGCUACCCCGAGAUCGUCAAGGAGAACAAGCUGUUCGAGCACUACUACCGGGAGCUCCGCAUCGUGCCCGAGGGCGAGUGGGAGCAGUUCAUGGGCGCGCUCAGGGAGCCGCUGCCCGCCACGCUGAGGAUCACGGGGUACAAGAGCCACGCAAAAGAGAUCCUGCAUUGCCUGAAGAACAAGUAUUUCAAGGAGCUGGAGGCGCUGGAGGUGGACGGCCAGAAAGUGGAAGUUCCGCAGCCCCUGAGCUGGUACCCUGAAGAACUUGCCUGGCAUACAAAUUUAAGUCGAAAAAUCCUGAGAAAGUCCCCACAGUUGGAAAGAUUUCAUCAGUUUCUCGUUAGCGAAACUGAAUCUGGAAAUAUCAGUCGCCAGGAGGCGGUGAGCAUGAUCCCCCCGCUGCUGCUCAGCGUCCAGCCCCAUCACAAGAUCUUAGAUAUGUGUGCGGCACCCGGAUCAAAGACCACACAGCUCAUUGAAAUGCUCCAUGCCGACAUGAACGUCCCGUUUCCAGAGGGCUUUGUUAUCGCGAAUGAUGUGGACAACAAGCGCUGCUACCUGCUCGUGCACCAGGCCAAGAGGCUGAGCAGCCCCUGCAUCAUGGUGGUCAACCACGACGCGUCCAGCAUACCCCGGCUGCAGAUGGACGUGGACGGCAGGAAGGAGAUUCUCUUCUACGACCGUAUUCUCUGUGACGUCCCCUGCAGCGGAGAUGGCACCAUGAGAAAAAACAUUGAUGUUUGGAAGAAGUGGACCACCUUAAACAGCCUGCAGCUGCACGGCUUACAGCUGCGGAUCGCAACGCGAGGCGCCGAGCAGCUGGCGGAAGGUGGGAGGAUGGUGUAUUCCACGUGUUCGCUGAACCCCAUUGAGGAUGAAGCCGUCAUUGCGUCGCUGCUGGAAAAAAGCGAAGGUGCUCUGGAACUGGCAGAUGUGUCUGCUGAGUUGCCAGGACUAAAGUGGAUGCCCGGACUCACACAGUGGAAGGUCAUGACGAGAGAUGGACAGUGGUUUGCGGACUGGGAUGAGGUUCCCCACAGCAGACAUACCCAGGUCCGCCCCACCAUGUUCCCGCCCAAGGACCCAGAGAAGCUGCAGGCCAUGCACUUGGAGCGGUGCCUUAGAAUAUUACCGCAUCAUCAGAAUACUGGAGGGUUCUUCGUGGCAGUAUUAGUGAAGAAAUCUUCAAUGCCAUGGAAUAAACGUCAGCCAAAGGUGCAGGGUAGGUCUGCAGAGACCAAAGACCCCACGCAGUCCAGCCCUGCAGAACCUGCAGAAGAGAGACCUGGAGACAGCCCCGACCUGGACGGUCAGUCAGCCUCUGGGGCUGAGGAUCCGGAAGCCAUCCAGGCAGCUGAGAACUCACGGGACGGCGGGAAUAAGAAGGAUGGCGUGUGCGGCCCCCCUCCGUCAAAGAGAAUGAAGUUAUUUGGGUUUAAAGAAGACCCCUUUGUGUUUAUUCCUGAAGACGACCCGUUGUUUCCACCUAUUGAAAAGUUCUAUGCUCUGGAUCCUUCAUUCCCAAAGAAGAACUUGUUAACUCGGACCACAGAAGGCAAGAAGAGGCAGCUCUACAUGGUCUCCAAGGAGCUGCGCAACGUGCUGGUGAACAACAGCGAGCGCAUGAAGGUCAUUAACACAGGGAUAAAAGUCUGGUGUCGGAAUAACAGUGGUGAAGACUUCGAUUGUGCCUUCCGGCUGGCACAGGAGGGAAUAUAUACACUGUACCCAUUUAUUAAUUCAAGGAUUAUUAAUGUAUCCAUGGAAGAUGUUAAGAUACUGUUGACCCAGGAAAAUCCAUUUUUGAGAAAGCUCAGCAGUGAGACCUACAAUCAAGCCAAGGACCUGGCGAAGGGAAGCGUCGUGCUGAAGUACGAGCCGGACCCUGCGAAGCCAGAGGCCCUGCAGUGCCCCAUCGUGUUAUGCGGAUGGCGGGGAAAGACCUCCAUUCGGACUUUCGUGCCCAAGAACGAGCGGCUUCAUUAUCUCCGGAUGAUGGGGCUGGAGGUGCUGGGAGAAAAGAAGAAAGAAGGGGUCGCGCGAUCGGAGGAGAGCGCAGCCGGCGCCCAGCAGCCGGAGGACGAGGCGAGUGAGGAGCAGAGGACGGAAGAGGCUGACGGCCCCGCAGCCUGCGACCCGGCGGGGCCCGAGCCGCCCCGGUGAGGGGACCCAGGGUGGGCGCCCACGUGACCUGGUGUCCACCCCGGCCUCUGCUGUCCCAGCUCCGGGAGCGCUUCUGACCUGGAAGGACCUGGAUGGGAACCCGGAAGCCGCUGGGCUGAGGGCGCAGUGGGAGGAGGCGUCCCACUCCCGGGCUCACAGGAGAGGGCUCUUCCAGUGUCUUCGAAGUGGCUCCGUUGCAAAGCUGUGCCUGCUGUUUCCACGUCGGGGUUUCUGUCACCUCCCAGCUCCUCCGCCAGGGAGGAAGCCUUCCCUGGGCAGGGGUGUCCGUCCCCUCGGCUGCCCCCCUACUGCUCUUGCGGUCCAGAGUCUCUAAGUUAUUUACAGAGUCGAUAGCUCAGCUCCGUGCGAGUUCUCGGCCCCAUGUGAGCUUCCACGCUUGCGCUGAGCCGCACACGCUGGCUCCGCAGUGCGGAAGGGGGACCGGCAGGCCUCCGUGACUACUGUGCCUUCUCAGCAGGAGCUGUGUCGGAAGCGCCGGCGCUGGGGGAGGGCGUUUGUGGGGUGCUUUGCAGUUUUUAUUUUUAAAUGGGGUUUGGGAUCCUAAGAGUGUUUAAAUAAAGAGUUAU